AUGCUGAGCGGGACUCGGUUUUCAGGUAUCGUCUCUCACUCGAAGCCUCCUUCUCGUGAGAAAGAAUACGCCUUUGUCGUUGCGAGCAGGAGUCAUGAGAAUACCACAUGGCUGAAUCAUUAUUUUCCGGAGUGGGCCGAGUAUGUCUACGUAGUCGACGAUCCAAAUGCUGCUUUGACUGUUUCUGUGAACAAAGGCCGAGAAUCUAUGGUAUAUCUAAGUUUUAUAAUCGAUAACUACGAAAAUCUCCCCGAACUUACCAUCUUCCACCAUGCCUUGCGCUAUCAAUGGCACAACGACGACCCGAUCUAUGAUGGAGUCGCCGUACUCCGGCAGCUACAGAUUGAUUACCUUCUCAGCGCUGGUUACACCAACCUGCGCUGUGUCUGGGUGAUUGGGUGCCCCGGUGAAUUUCACCCCCUCGAUGAUGAGAAGACUCUCGGGACUACGGCCGAGAUAAGCACCGGUCAGGUCUACGCGAAUGCUUUCAGAGAAUUGUUCCCCGGCGAAGAGGUGCCAGAGUUGGUUGGCGUAAGCUGCUGCGCACAAUUUUCUGCUACAAGAGAGAAGAUAAGGGAAAGGCCAAAGAGCGAUUACGUGCGAUAUCUCGACUGGGUGAACAGCACAGAUCUGGAAGAUUACCAGAGCGGACGGGUCCUUGAGUAUAGUUGGCAUAUGAUUUUUGGAAAGCCUCCUGUCCAUUGUCCAGACGCAGAAACCUGUUAUUGCGAGUUAUUUGGCUUAUGCAACAUCACAUGUGACAGUCCCAGUAGCUGUGAGGGGCGCUAUACCCUCCCCCCUUUUUCUACAAUCCCCGAGGGUUGGCCUGAGAUUGGAUGGAAUGGCGAGGAUACGAAUGUAAGCUCACUCUACGGAUGA